AUGAUGGCAGGCCCGGGGACUCCGAUGAAGGACAGGGACCAGUGGGGAAGUAAACUGGAGUAUUUCUUCGCCAUGGCCGGAAACGUUGUCGGCUUGGGAAACGUGUGGAGAUUCCCGUACCUGUGCUACAAAAACGGAGGAGGAGUAUUCCUCGUCCCCUAUGUCCUGUUCCUUUUUACCUGUGGGAUUCCCCUCUUUGUCCUGGAGACUUCGCUGGGACAGUACACUAGCCAGGGGAGCAUUACCUGCUGGAGGAAGAUCUGCCCCAUCUUUGGAGGACUGGGCUAUGGGAGUCAGGUGCUGGUUGUGUAUAGUGGAAUCUAUUACAUCAUCAUUCUGGCCUGGGCAUUCCUCUACCUGUUCUCAUCCCUCAGCGCGGAGCUCCCCUGGGCCACUUGCGGAAACACCUGGAACACAGACACAUGCAUCGCGCUUGGCCAGAACAGCACCACCGACUACUUUGCUGCGGAUGCUACAUCCCCUGUGAUAGAAUUUUGGGAGGGAAGGGUCCUGGGCUUGUCUGGAGGGUUAGAGGAGUUGGGAAGUGUACGAUGGGAGCUUGCCCUGUGCCUCCUGCUGUCCUGGAUCAUCUGCUUCUUCUGCGUGUGGAAGGGAGUGAAGUCUACAGGAAAGGUGGUGUACUUCACUGCUACUUUCCCCUACGUGAUGUUGGUGGCCCUGCUGAUCAGGGGGCUCACCUUGCCUGGAGCCAAAGACGGCAUCAUCUUUUACCUGUACCCAGACCCAACCCGGCUCACUGACCCCCAGGUGUGGUUGGAUGCAGGAAGCCAGAUACUCUAUUCCUAUGGACUCUGCAAUGGAUGUCUUACAGCCUUAGGAAGUUAUAAUAAAUAUGACAACAACUGCUACAGAGACUGUGUGUAUCUCUGCUUGCUGAACAGUACAACCAGCUUUGUGGCUGGCUUUGCCAUCUUCUCUGUGCUGGGCUUCAUGGCCCAGGAGCAAGGAGUGGACAUCUCUGUGGUGGCUGAGUCAGGGCCCGGCCUGGCCUUCAUUGCGUACCCACGGGCGGUGGCCAUGAUGCCUGUCCCCCAGCUGUGGGCGGUCUUCUUCUUCAUCAUGAUCAUCUUGCUGGGGCUUGACAGUCAGUUUGUGAAUCAGGAAUCGCUGGUCACAUCCAUCUCAGACAUGUACCCCUCCUUCUUUCAAAUUGGGCACAGACGCAAACUCUUGCUCCUGUUAAUCUGUGUGGUCAGCUUCUUAAUUGGCCUGUUUAUGGUCACAGAGGGUGGCCUGUACAUUUUCCUCCUGUUUGAUUACUAUGCCUGCAGUGGAAUGACCCUGCUGGUCUUAGCCAUCUUUGAGUCAGUCUGCAUUGGCUGGAUUUAUGGUGCUCAUCGGCUCUAUGACAACAUUGAGGAUAUGAUUGGCUAUCGGCCUUGGCCACUAGUACGGUACUGCUGGUGCUAUAUCACACCCAUUGUCUACACCGGCACCUUCAUUGCCUCCUUGGUGAAGUACACGCCCCUCAUGUUUAACCACACCUAUGAGUAUCCCUGGUGGGCGUAUGUGAUUGGUGGGUGUCUUACUCUCUCCUCCACCCUCAUGGUUCCUUUCUGGAUGGGCUACCAAAUCAGCAUCACCCCUGGAACAUUAAAGGAGAAAGUUCAAGUGCUCUGCACUCCUGCCCCUGAACUGUCGCUCCCCAGGACCAAAAAGGGGGCUCUCUGCCCCCCAACAUUCGACACCUUCACAGAGAUGUGCACUCUACGCCCCGGCCGGACCCCAGAGUCCCCCUCUGCAAUGGCAGCCCACUGCAGCACACCUUCACCUCCAACAAGCGAUUUUCAGUGGGUUUAAAAAAUAAGGUCACACCCCUCUGCAAACCCUGGGGUCCACCACUGCCAGCUUUGGUGGCUUUCUACACUUAAUUUGGGACAGUCUGUUGGUGAGCCAAUCAACAGGCACCUCCCGAAAAAACACAAAAAAACACAGACUCUCUGAAUGUUGCAAGGACACAAAAUGCAACAAUCGGCUGCUUUAUAAUGUUGCCACAUAUGAACAUAGGUAUGGAAUACAGAGCUGUGCCGGUCUCAAAAGCAUCACACAAACCCUCAUCACACACAAACCCUCACACAAACCUUCAUCACACACAAACCCUCACACAAACCUUCAUCACACACAAACCCUCAUCACACA